GGCAAAGAUGACUAAGCUUAUCCUCCUCACUGGGUUGGCACUCCUGCUGAAUGCUCAGAUAGGCUCUGCCUACGAGCUGUCAUGCUACUUUACAAACUGGGCCCAAUACAGGCCUGGACUGGGGAAAUUCAAGCCUGACAACAUUGACCCAUGCCUAUGUACUCACCUGAUCUAUGCCUUUGCCGGUAUGUCCAACAAUCAGAUCACCACCAUUGAAUGGAAUGAUGUCACCCUGUACAGCUCUUUCCAAAACCUGAAGAACCAGAAUGGAAACUUGAAAACUCUUCUGGCCAUAGGAGGUUGGAACUUUGGAACCGCACCUUUCACCCAGAUGGUCUCUACAGCUCAAAACCGUCAAACAUUUAUCUCAUCUGUGAUCAAAUUCCUGCGUCAGUAUGGGUUUGAUGGGCUGGACUAUGACUGGGAAUACCCUGGAUCAAGAGGAAGCCCACCUCAAGACAAAGCCCUCUUCACUACUCUGGUUCAGGAAAUGAGAGCAGCUUUUGAAACUGAAGCUUCACAAACCAACAGACCAAGGCUCAUGGUGACCGCUGCUGUGGCUGGUGGUAUCUCCAACAUUCAAUCUGGUUACCAGAUCCCACAACUUGCUCAGGCUCUGGAUUACUUCCAUGUCAUGACCUAUGAUCUGCAUGGCUCAUGGGAAGGGUACACCGGAGAAAACAGCCCCUUGUAUUCUAACCCCUCUGCCACUGGUGGCAACUCCUAUCUGAAUGUGGAUUAUGUCUUGAACUACUGGUUGAACAAUGGUGCACCCGCUUCAAAACUCAUUGUUGGCUUCCCAACCUAUGGACACACCUUCAUCCUGAGCAAUCCAUCAAACACUGCCAUUGGUGCCCCUACUUCUGGAGCUGGCCCUGCUGGACCUUACACCAGGCAAUCUGGAUUCUGGGCCUACUACGAAAUCUGUACUUUCCUGAAGAACGGAGCUACCAAUCAGUGGUCUUCUGCUGAAGAUGUUCCUUAUGCCUAUCAAGGAAAUGAGUGGUUGGGAUAUGACAACCAGAAGAGCUUCCAGAUAAAGGCUGAAUGGCUGAUGAAGAACAACUUUGCUGGUGCAAUGGUCUGGGCAAUUGAUCUGGAUGAUUUUACUGGUACUUUCUGUAACCAGGGCAAAUAUCCUCUGAUCAGCACACUGAAGAGCGCUCUUGGUAUACAGGCUUCUGGUUGCUCACCACCCUCUUCUCCCAUUGCUCCAAUCACAGCUGCCCCAGCCACUGCUGCUCCAGCCACAGCUGCCCCAGCAACUGCAGGCAGUGGGAGCUCUGGCAACUCUGGAGGGAGUGGAUUCUGUGCUGGAAAAGCCAGUGGCCUCUACCCAGUAGCUGGCAACAAAAAUGCUUUCUGGCAUUGCCUAAAUGGCAUCACCUACCAGCAGAAUUGCCAGGCUGGUCUGGUCUAUGACCCAAGUUGUGAGUGCUGCAACUGGGCAUAA